CUGUUCGGUGGCCGUGUUGGUCUCGUCGGUCAUGCGACCCGCUUCAGUGGGCAUGUCGUGCUCGUCUCGCCGCAGUUUGAUGUGCUUACUACAAUGUGUCGUGUUCGGGGUUUGCCAUGAUCGUUUUGUGCCCGUGUCUUCGACACGACACGAAUUGCCGGUCCUUUUCCGAUGCACGAACAAUGGCAGCCCCUUGCAAAUGUUGCUUGAUAGUUUAAUUUCGCCUAUGAGAAUGCUGCAAGUGUGCAGCAAAGUUUCUAUCUCCGAGUCAUUCAAUUUUUUGUUGAGUGAUGGGUCUGCUCAGCAUCAUCCGAAAGAUCAAGAGGAAAGAGAAAGAAAUGCGCAUCCUCAUGGUGGGGUUGGAUAAUUCCGGGAAGACGACCAUUGUGUUGAAGAUCAACGGAGAGGACACUAGCGUCAUUAGCCCCACUCUCGGCUUCAAUAUCAAGACUAUUACAUACCAGAAGUAUGUCCAGUUGAUGUUUUGUGGCAGGUAUAUGUUAAAUAUCUGGGAUGUAGGGGGUCAGAAGACAAUAAGAUCAUAUUGGAGGAACUAUUUUGAGCAAACAGAUGGUCUGAUUUGGGUAGUCGAUAGUUCAGACCUUAGAAGGCUUGAUGAUUGCAAAAUGGAAUUGGAUAAUCUCUUGAAGGAGGAGAGAUUAUCCGGAGCAUCCUUACUUAUAUUUGCAAAUAAGCAGGAUAUUAAAGGUGCUCUUGCACCAGCUGAAAUUGCCAAGGUUCUGAACUUGGAAGCAAUGGAUAAAACCCGGCACUGGAAAAUAGUGGGCUGUAGUGCAUACACAGGAGAGGGACUUCUUGAGGGAUUUGAUUGGUUGGUUCAGGACAUAGCUUCUCGAAUUUAUAUGCUUGAGUGACAUCUGUUUUAUAGGAGUAUUAAAAGUAAAUUGCUGGCUUUGAUCCAGAAAAUUCAUGCAAAUACAUUGGUUAUGCAGUUCCUUUCUUUUUGCCUGAUUUUUUAAUCGAUGUCCCUUACGGAAGAAACCACUAGUGACUUGCUCAGGAAACCAAAUUCAGUGGGAUGUAUUUGUAGCGGCAGAGUUGAUUGUGCGAAGCUUUUGGAACGAGUCGGUUCUGUUUUGAUGGGGGUCUGGUUCUGCUAGGUCAGAAGCAAGAUAAAAAAAUUAGCAAGGCCAGUCUCAAUGUAUUGCUGUAAACUGUUUGGUUUAAGUUUAAUGGACUGCUGGUGCAAAUGAUUGCUGUAAA